AAACUGGCCCUAAAUCGUUUUGGACUCGUGCAGCUUUGUGCUACUCCCUCCCCAAUUGGAGAGGAUUAGGGUUUUCAAAAUCAAACUCUAUCAUCCAAUUCAUCACGAUUCACGACCAUGGCAAAUCGCACUGAUCCAGCAGCGAAGAGUAUUCGAGGCACAAACCCUCAAAACCUUGUUGAAAAAAUUCUCCGCUCAAAGAUCUAUCAGCACACUUAUUGGAAAGAACAAUGCUUCGGCUUAACAGCAGAAACCCUAGUCGACAAAGCCAUGGAGCUCGACCACCUCGGCGGAACUUACGGUGGCAACCGCAAACCCACUCCCUUCAUGUGCCUCGUCAUGAAAAUGCUUCAGAUUCAACCCGAGAAAGAAAUCGUCAUCGAAUUCAUCAAAAACGAUGAUUACAAGUAUGUGAGGAUACUGGGUGCAUUUUAUUUGCGUCUUACUGGAUCUGAUACGGAUGUGUACCAUUAUCUGGAGCCGUUGUAUAAUGAUUAUAGGAAACUGCGGCGGAAAUUACCGGAUGGACAGUUUGCUUUGACACAUGUUGAUGAGGUUAUUGAUGAACUUCUUACAACUGAUUAUUCCUGUGAUAUUGCUAUGCCCCGUAUUAAGAAAAGGUGGACUCUUGAAUCUCUUGGUGCCUUAGAACCUAGACAAAGUGCACUUGAAGAGGAUUUUGAGGAGGAAGAGGAAAAUGAGGAUAAUGAACAGCCUGCUGAGGAGCCUGAGAAGGAUUAUAAUCGUGGGCGAAGCCCUGCAAGGGAAAGAGAUAGGGAUAGAAGACGUGAUAGUCAUAGACACAGGGAUCGUGACUAUGACAGAGAAUAUGAUAGAGAUUAUGACAGAGAGCGAGGACGUGGCCGAGAUAGAGAUCGGGACAGAGAUAGGGAAAAGGAAAGGGACAGAGAUAGGGAGAGGGACAGAGACCGAUAUCGUCUGAGGGAAGAAAAGGAUUAUGGUCGUGAGAGAGAAGGUAGGGAGCGCGAGAGGAGAGACAGAGAUCGUGACCGUGGUAGGAGGAGGAGCUACUCAAGGAGUCGAAGUAGAAGCAGGGAUCGCAAGGAUCAUGAUGGUGGGGACUACAGAAAGAGACAUGCUCGAAGUAGCGUAAGUCCAAGAAGAGAUGGAGCUGAGGAUGGUGAGCCAAAGAAGAAGAAGGAAAAGAAAGAAAAGAAGGAAAAGAAGGAUGACGGGACCGACCAUCCAGAUCCAGAGAUUGCAGAAGCAAACAGGAUACGAGCAUCACUGGGUUUGAAACCACUUAAGAUGUGAUCUAAACUGUAUGGCUUGAAUUUGGACUGGGUUACAAAAGACUAGGCAAUAGCAUGUUACCUCAAGGUUUGUGACGCUUGACGCACUUUCAGUUUUUGUACUGCCCUGAGCGGCAAUUGUCAACUCAACAGGAAUAGUUUGUCAUACAAGUAUGUACUUGUGUUGCUGCAGCGGUAUGAGCUUGGUUGUUAAUACUCCAUAGCUUUGUUUUGAUUGCCUUUAUCUAUAUCAUACAAAUCCUGUACUGACAACUAGUGUGUUCAAUUGAUGUAAUGGCCUGAGUCUAUUAGUACCCUGAUGGAAAAGAGAAACGUUGUGGCAUUGCUCUUGCAAUAUGAAUGGUGAAAUAUAAAG